AGCGCCGAGCUUCUGAAUAUUUGAUCCCCUCGUCUAUUUUUGUGGCAGAUUUCGUGCCCCGUGUUACUCGGGCGAUAAACGUGUGUUUGUGUUUUGGGCUUUGGGGCUGGAGAGGGGAGUUGGAAUCAGGGUUGGAAUACAAAAUAAAGAAGAAGAGCUCUCUUUAUUUAUUUUUAUUUUUUUUGUUCCUUUUUCCGCUGCCGCCCGCUCGCUCCCUCCCUCCGCUGAACACACACACACACACACACCACCGGCCCGGCCCAGGCGAGGACUCCCAAAUCCUACCGGGUAUCGAGGCUGGCACACGGCGGGGCACCGAGAGCUCUCUGCCCGUCCAGACUGCCCUGCUGCCCCGCUGGCGGCGAGCUCAGUCUCUCUCUCUGUCGCUCUCUCGAGGCAUCCACCGGCGAGACGUCGACUCUGCCAGACUUUCAUACCCUGUGGUGCUGGGCAGAGCGUUAUGGCUCAGACGCUGCAGAUGGCGAUCCCUAACUUUGGCAAUAACAUCCUGGAGUGUCUGAACGAACAGCGACUGCAGGGCCUCUACUGUGAUGUCUCCGUGGUGGUCAAGGGACACGCCUUCAAGGCCCACCGCGCGGUGCUUGCAGCCAGUAGCUCUUACUUCCGGGAUCUGUUCAACGCCGGGGGGAAGAGUUCUGUGGUGGAGCUGCCCCCAGCCGUGCAGCCACAGAGCUUCCAGCAGAUCCUGGCCUUCUGCUACACAGGACGCCUCAGCAUGAAUGUUGGAGACCAGUUCCUGCUCAUGUACACCGCCGGUUUUCUCCAGAUCCAACAGAUCAUGGAAAAAGGCACAGAGUUUUUUCUCAAGGUCUCAUCUCCAAGCUGCGACUCCCAGGGUCUCCACGCUGAAGAGACCCCGCCCUCCGAGCCUCAGAGCCCCGUCACUCAAACAGUGGGAGGCAGUGGAGUCAGCGUCGUUGCCACGGCGGCAGGAAGGCCCACCUCUUGUCUGACGCCCCUCCCCCUGGUGUCCAAGGUGAAGACAGAACAGACGGCCUCCACACCUCAGCCCACCCCUCAGCCGCAGCAGCAGGAGGGCUCUCCCUACUCUGUGGUCUGCACCCCCGUGGCCAAGCGGCUGUGGGAGGGGGGCAACCGUGACGGGGGAGGGGGGUCUGGCGGGGGCGGGGGAGGUGGAAUGAGGAAGGCCGCACGCUACUCUUCCUCUUCGUCGUCCUCCUCCUCCUCCAACAACACUACCCAGGAUGCCUCUGGGCGCGGACCUGCAGCGAAUGCUGCUAUGGUAGGUGGCGGUGGCGUCACUUCAGUGGGAGGAGCCGGGCUCAACAGUAACCAUAACAACAAUAACAACAAUGGUGGGACACCUGAAGGAACGAGCCCGGGCACGCUGAGCAUGUACACGAGUGACUCACCAAUCAGUUACCACGACGACGAGGAAGAGGACGACAUAGCGGAUGACAGCGCAGAAGAGCAGUACAGACAGAUCUGCAACAUGUACACCAUGUAUAGCAUGCUGAACGCUGGAGCCGCAGUGGUCGGGGAGCGGGUGGAGGCUCUUCCGGACUUGGCCCCAGACUCAGGCGGCGGUCGGGGUGGCAGGGGAGGACGGUCCCGGCAAGACCUGGCGUCGUUGCCCGCCGAGCUCAUCAGCCAGAUCGGGAACCGCUGCCACCCGAAGCUGUACGAGGAGGGCGACCCGGCCGAGAAACUGGAGCUGGUGAGCGGCACCUCCGUGUUCAUCUCCCGCGCCCAACUCAUGAACUGCCACGUCAGCGCAGGGACCCGUCACAAAGUGCUCCUCAGACGCCUUCUGGCUGCGUUCUUUGACAGGAGCACUUUGGCAAACAGCUGUGGAACUGGCAUCCGGUCUUCAACCAAUGACCCCAGUCGUAAACCCCUGGACAACAGAGUGCUGCACGCGGUCAAAUUUUACUGCCAGAACUUUGCGCCGAGCUUCAAGGAGAGCGAGAUGAACGCCAUCGCGGCCGACAUGUGCACCAACGCCCGCCGCGUUGUCCGCAAGAGCUGGAUCCCCAAGCUUAAACUGCUGAUGGCUGACAGCGACGCCUACUCCGCCUUCCUGGCCGAUAGCGUGAAGAUGGAGGCCGAUGCACUGGGGGCGGAGCAAGGCUUUGACCCCGCCUCCCUGGAAGCUGUGGCGGCCGCCAACAAUAACGAAGUGGGAGGUGGAUCCACGCCAGGAGAUACCCUUCAUGGGGCGGGAGGAGACGGCAGCACUUUGUUUUGAGUGAGUGACGGACAGAAAGAUGAAUGGACAGAUUGAUGGAGGGAGGAAUGGAAUUUUUCUGGGGCGAUGACUAGGGAGCGUUGGCCACUGUGGUCGUGAUGACGGUUGUCACUCAUCCCCUAGCCGCCAUGUGUUUGGGGAUCUGUUUCUUCUUUUACACCUCUUUUGGUCAGUUUGUUCUGCUUUCCUUCCUUCAUUUGUUCACAUUUCUGUCUCUGUACAGCCCAGAAUGCCUCUCUUUGGACUGUUCCUCCUUCCUUUUCUGGUAGAGAGAAAGACCGAUAGAAAGGUAGCAGAGGGAGGAGGUUGACAAUUGCCCCCCCCAACUUCCCUUCAGUCCUCUGCAACCUUUAAAGACCUGGUUGUUUUAGCUUUUCUAUUGUUUUUAAAAGUGUGCAUUGUCACUAAGGCCCUUUUCUUACCAUAAUCAGUCACAGACAUUCCCUUGGGACGGGGUGGGGGGUGAGGGGUAAUCCUGUUUGGAGAAAGUGAUAGUUCCCCAAACUCUGGUAACACUGUUGUUUUGAUAUUGAAUGUAUGCGUGGUGAUGCAUCCAGACCCCAGCGUUAAGUCAGUGGAGGUUGAGUGAACUUGUUGUUUGUCUUUUGUUUUUGCGUUUACUUUCCUCUGGACGGCCAGAUGAAAGUUUCUCUGCGAGCGGAGGGGGAAGGUUGAUGAGGUCAGGGGUUGAAAUGAAUAUCAAAAUGUAUAUCGGCAUGGUUUAUGAUCUCCCCGACCUCCACCCAACCACACCAACUCUACUCUUUAACCCCUGUCAGGAUGCUGGAAAACUGCCAGCGCUUAGAGAAAUGUUUGCGAGUUCUGACUGACAGUGUGGUGGCAGAUGGGGAAAAAAAUCUAAAUUUGUUAAAAAUUGUCUUCACUA